AUGCAGCUUCAUGAUCGUCGCUAUUUCGUCCCGGAGGACGAGCCUCACCGUUCAGUGUGCGCUCGACCCGACAUCUCUCCUCCGGUCCUCCACGUCGAGCGGUCUCUGACGGAGAAAUUGGCCCCGGGGUAUAUCUUCAUCGCGCCAUACGAAGCAGAGAACUCUGGGCCUUAUAUCUUUGACCAUACCGGGGAACUGGUUUGGAGUGGCUGGGGGGUGUCUGGACCGGGAAAUGCCCAUGGGAUUCACGUAUGCAAGUACCAGGACAUCGAUCACUUGUGCUUUUUCCAAGGCAAUCAGCAAAAGGGCUACUGUCGUGGCCAUGGUGUGAUCCUGGACAAUUCGUACCGGAUUGUACGAUCGGUGCAGCCGGGGGGCGGCAUGGCGUCGAGCGAUAUGCACGAAUUUCGACCCAUCAAUGGUGGUCGCAGCGCCCUCAUGACGGUCUAUCAGCAGCGUCAAUUUGACAUGAGUCCCUGGAAUGUGCGAACCGGCAUGGGAUGGAUCAUGGAGAGCAUCUUUCAAGAAGUUGAGAUUGAGACGAGCAAGGUCUUGUUCGAAUGGCGUUCGCUCGAUCAUGUCGAUCCGUCGGUGAGUUACACCUGGCCCUCGCAUACCGAUACUUCCGGCACCGGGUUGCACGCACAUGAGCCGUGGGACUACUUUCACAUCAACUCGGUGGACAAGAAUGACGAUGGGGACUAUUUGAUUUCUUCGCGUCACACAUCCGCCAUCUACAAAGUAUCGGGUCAGAAUGGGUCCGUCAUGUGGCAACUGCACGGCGCGAACCCGACGUUCCGCAACGUCAACUUUAGUUUCUCCCAGCAACAUGACGCGCGGUGGUUGUUUGAAAAUCACACCCACUCGGUGAUCUCCUUUUACAACAAUGGGUAUAAUGGCUACAACCGAACGCAUCCACGCUCGUCGGGCAUGAUCGUCCUGAUAGACCAUGAGGCAAAGACGGCAACGCAGAUCCGGGACUACGUGCCCGCCAUCGCCGACCUUGCCAGCUCCAGCCAGGGAAAUCUGCAGGUUCUGCCAAAUCAGAAUGUCUUUGCCGGAUGGGGCAACAACCCCUUUGUGUCUGAGCAUGAUGCCGAGGGCAACUUGAUCUGGUGGGCACGGUUUGCCAAAGACACGGUGAUGAACUACCGCGCACACAAGUUUGAAUGGGAGGGCAACCCAACGGAUGCGCCCGCACUUUGGUCUUAUUCUCACGUGGGAGCAGCUCACACGGCCAUGAAAUUAUACGUGAGUUGGAACGGCGCCACCAAGGUCCGGACGUGGCGGUUCUUUGGCGCUCAAAACAUCACAGGCCCCUGGGUGCUCUUGUCUGAAGCUUCCAAGACUGGGUUUGAGACGGAGUACAUCCAUUCCACCUUCUAUCCAUGGACUCGCGUAGAUGCCAUGAGCGCGGAUGGGCAUGAGCUCGGAAGAUCCGAGAUCAAAUUCACUUUUGUCCCGUCAUCCGGACUUCGUGGAUUCUGUCAAGAAGACACUUGUCUGGACACUUCCAGCUAUGGAUUCCCUGGCGAAGACGGAGCCGAGGCACUCAUUCCAGCUGCAGGUGUGAACACCGUGCCUUGGGUUGACACGGAGUAUGCAGAUGGCGUCUGGGGUUACCCUUCUGGUUUCCCACAUAUUCAUUCAUCCACCACCAAUUCGACCGUAGGCUCGGACGGAGGGUGGGCCAAGGAGCAGGAAUCACCUGGAGAGUUCGUCUAUUGGGGCCUUGCAAUAGCUAUCAUUCUCCCAUUGCUAGCCGGCAUAUACUUUGGUUACCGAUUUUAUCUGCGACAGCAACAGCUUGACCCGCCGGGCGGUGCAGAAGAGCCGUCCAUGCCGUUAAACGGCGUACCUGCCAAUAAGACUUUGCAGAGACCAAGUCAGAGUUGGCCCUGGUGGACGUGGCGUCGAUGGACGCGAAAGCAAGAGAUGGACUACUUUCCGCUUGCUGGUCAUGACUUGUCUACACGCCCGCGCAGAGAAUAA